UAGUAUAUAAGUAGAUGUCCUGGCAGGAAAGUGAACACAAAGCACCUGUCUGCUUUCCAGCCUCAACUCGCACAACUGCAAAGACUCUCUGAGUGUGACAACUGACUUGCUGCUGCAUUUUCACUUCAGAACAUCAGACACAGGGGUGAUGAUGAUAAUGAUGGCUUCCUUCAUGUGCAAGACACUGACUUUAUUUAUCAUCUGCAUGGCUCUGCAAGAGGGUUGUGGACUCCCGUUAUCAGAGCGGCCAGAGCUGCCAGCUCAGGCUCCACACCGCGUUAGGACCAAACGCUGCUCCUGUAACAGCUGGGAUGAUAAAGAGUGCAUCUACUUCUGCCACCUGGAUAUUAUCUGGGUCAACACGCCAAGUAAACUGCUUCCUUAUGGCCUUGGAAGUCCCCUGUCUCGUCGCCGGCGCCGUUCAGCUGAACGUUGCGAAUGCCUUAACCCAGCCGAUAAAACCUGCUCUGGCUUCUGCCUUCAAAGCUCAGAGAAUCCAAGGACUAAUGUCGUGGGCCCAUUGGUAGAAUCUGCAAGCACAAACAGCAACACGUUGCUGGCAUCUUUCAGAUCUGUGAUCAAGUCCAACGUUGUGAUCGCAAAAGAGAUUCUGUCAUCAAACGAGAACCCGGGUGGGGUAAACAGGCUGAGGAGCAGAACAAGAAGGUAGAGAACUGAGCGAACACUAGAGGCGGUUCAACUUCCUAUGGAUUCAACCUCCAUGGGCCGGAGACUCCUUCAAACUGCCUUCAAUGCCAGAACCAGGGUUUUGAAACAUGUCAAGAGGCUUACCAACUCUGGGGAUGUGGCGGUGGAAGAAUGGCAACGGUUCAAGCAUUUGGUCAACAAUACAAAGCUUGGGAGACUGGCAGCUCACCGAGACAGAAGCACCACGGCAGGAACACUGCUGGCUGGAGACGUUUGGAGUCAUUUCUUGAACUCUCUUUGAACUUUUUUGAACUUAACAAUAGAUGCCAGGGAAGGAUCCAUUAAAGCCAAGAACAUGGAAACUGGUGUCUGGCCUUUUGGGGAACCACAUCAAGAAAGUUUACAAUGACUAAUCAGUCACUGAUCUGUGCUUCGUUUGUUCAUAUGGACAAAUCACUCCUGUGACUCUCUUGUCUUAAGGGACAAUUUUAAAUCCACAACUCACCUACACUGAGGAUUGUAGGAUUGUUACUUAUUCAACUCUCAAUCAACUCUGUAUUUAGUUGGGAACUCUUUGUCAAUGUUUACCUUUUAAUGGUCUUGAAACCAUUCUGUAAUUGCUGACCUUUGGUUCAGUUUAAUAUUGCUCUGUAUCAGAGCUGGAAUCUGGCGUCCUGCCAGGUGUUUACGACACAUAAGCAAAUUUCUAAUGAAUAAAUAUUAUUUUUUUAAUAUUGGGCAGUUCUUAAAAAUGGCAGCUUGUUCACUCUUGGCAGACAUGGUCUCAGUGAAAUGAAAGUCAUCUCUUUGGGAUGUAUCUCACUGUUAGCUUUAUGCAAGGUCCAUUGUGAGCUGCAUGCGCAUGCAUGCACACGUGCACGCGCGCGCACACACACACACACACACACGCACACACGCACGUACACACACACACACACACACACACACACACACACACACACACACAUACAGUCAACUUUCUGCUAGCAUAACAACAGUAGGCUUAUUGUGUUGGCUUUAGUGUUUAUUGCAUAGCUCCUGUUUAAUGUUUUGAUUGAAGAUAAGCCAGAAAGUUUCAAUGACCUGCAGCUUGCCAAACAAUGUUGUUUUUUCCCCCCCUGACAAAUGUUCACUUAAUUCCUCUGUAAUAAGUAACUGGAAAAAAUUGACUCUCCACUUGUGAUCUGCACUUCAAAAGCUUUUUAUCUGCGGCCUGCACUUUCUCUGUGCCAUGAAUCCAUUGACUCCAUCUGCCAUGUUGGAUUGUAGUCAACCCACAGACACAUGGGAAUAUAAACCUUCACUGUAACUCUUCUUCAGAUAUCUCAAUGCUGUGUACAACGGAUAGUUUACCAGCUUAGAAGUUUACUGUUAAAUGCUGAAUUGUAUAUAAAACAAUUUAUUUAUUCUCUAACUUAUUCAGAGAUGUAUUUAUAUUGCUAUGAACAAUGCACUGACUUGUGUAUGACAAAAUAAAAAAAUGCAAGAAAAUAUUC